AUGCAAGAGGUCUUGUUUUUGCUUAUCCUGAUAGAGGAGGGUUUUGCAAUGGCACAGAAAACACAAGCAUUGCCUCAGAAUGUAGCCGUUGAGGAUAAGAAGCCGGCCCACUGUGGGACUUUGAUCCAGACAGCCAAUGGAGGAUCAUUCAGUUCUCCAAACUACCCAAAAACCUACCCAGCAAACAAAGAGUGCGUGUACAUUCUGGAGGCCCACCCACGAAAGAGAAUCGAGCUGACAUUUGAUGAUCUCUACUACAUCGAGCCAUCCUUUGAGUGUCGCUUUGAUAACAUUGAAAUUCGCGACGGGCCGUUUGUUUUCUCUCCGUUGAUCAAUCGUUUUUGCGGGGCUCGGAGUCCAGGAGUGGUCACCUCCUCUGGACGCUUCAUGUGGAUCAGGUUUAUCAGUGAUGAGGAGUUAGAAGGACUGGGCUUCAGGGUGAAAUAUUCAUACACGGCGGAUCCUGAAUUUUAUCUUCAUGUUGGAGGACUCUUGAAUCCCAUUCCAGACUGUCAAUUUGAACUAUCUGGAUCAGAUGGUAUAAUCAGAUCUAGUCAGGUUGAGGAGGAAAACAAGGUGAAAUCUGGAGAAGCAAUAGAUUGUAUAUGGACAAUUCGAGCUCCGCCUAUGUCUAAGAUAUAUCUGCGCUUUCUGGACUAUCAGUUGGAGAACUCAAAUGAAUGUAAAAAAAACUUUGUCGCAAUUUACGAAGGCAGCAAUGCCAUUGAAGACCUAAAGGCCAAGUUCUGCAGUACCGUUGCCAAUGACAUCACAAUUGAUAACGCUGUGGGUGUGGUCCGAAUGUGGGCCGACGAGACCAGCAAACUCAGCCGAUUUCGUAUGAUCUUCACAGUCUAUGCUGAACCUCCGUGUUUGGCCAACACAUUUUUUUGUCACAGCAGCAUGUGCAUCAACAACACACUGGUCUGUAAUGGUGUUCAAAACUGUGUGUUCCCCUGGGAUGAGAAUAACUGCAAAGAAAAGAAGUCUAAAAGUGUUUUCCAACAGAUGAGUAAAACUCAUUGCACUGUGAUUGGAGUGGCAUCUGGUGUGGUCUUUCUCCUUCUCAUGAUCUCUGUAUUAAUACAGAUGAAACAGCCGAGAAAGAAGGUUUUAAAUCGAAAGAGUUUGGAAAUGCAGGAAUUCUCGGAGCCUCCCCUCUACGAGCUGUUCUCCAUGCGGGAAGCUGAGAUGUCAGAUGAACUUUCGGAGGAGCUGGAGACUUUGCAGAAACUCCGCCGGUCCUCCAAUACGUCCCGCUGCAUCCACGAGCAUCACUGCGGUGUGCAGGGCAGUGCUCCUCCCGUUGCCAUGGCUACCAGACCGCAUCACCUUGCUCAGGCUUCAGAGGAACUGAGCGGGAUUGUAGGGGCCAGAGGCUGGAGCAGUUACCACGAGCGUAGGAGCGGCUCACACGCUUUCACACGCGGCCCUCGAGCACACCCUUACAGGGCACAGAGUCUGCGUGAGACACUGGAUGAUGGGGAGUUGGGUCUGGAGGAGCGGGUUAUGGAGGAGAUAGGUUACAAUGAUGUUUUCAGCCGUGAAGGUGUUUUGAUGGUGCGUAACCCUGUCCAGCAGCGCUCCCUGUCCAUGGACUUUUGAAUGAUGGGAACGUCAUCUGCUCUUCAAUGUUAGAUGUAAAAAUACAAUACAUACAUGUAGCCUAACUCUAAAUGUCCCAUCAUUUGAUCACUAUUAUUCAGUGACGCCCGGUGACUUCUUUUUCGAGGGCACACGAUGCGACUUCGUCACAACAUGUAUAUAGCUCGUCAUGUGUGUGGUUUGAAAUUUCAAAAUAUGCGUUCGGUGCGUCGAGUGAUCCUACAUGUGCAUCACGUGUCUUAAUAUCUUAAAAUAAGUGCCUGCUGCAGACGCUUUUUAAAGGAUUUAUGAUAAAAGAGAUGCUCGCGUUUGCCAGAUACUCGUAUAAUCUCAUGCAUAAUCAAAGUUUACUGUUAAGGGAGUGUCUUGCAUGUAUUUUAUGAACGUGAGCGUCUCUUUUAUCAUAAACGGUUUUGACGCCUGUGCAGCAGGCACUUAUUUAGACAAAACACGUGAUGCACAUGGUUCACAUGAUGCAACAAACACAUAUUUUGAAAACACGAGCAACACAUGUGACACUCCGAACACUUAUUUUGAAUUUGCGCCCCUCGGAUGAGCAGUCACGAGCCGACACUGCUAUUGUGUUUAGUUUUUUCCUACAUCAAACACUCAUCAAACUUUAUUGACAUGAAUGCACAUUUAUACACUGUUUUCUUGAAAAUCAUUUUUUGCAUUCUCUUAGUAUUUUUGUUUUGUUUUCAGUAAAAAUAUCAGAAAAAUUCUUAAAUUAAGAUGCUUUUUCUUGAUGAGCCAAACAACCCAAGAAAAUAAGUCUAGUUUUUAGACCAAAAAUAUCAAAUUUAAGCGAUUUUCUGCAUAAAACAAGCUAAAAAAAAUCUGCCAAUGGGGUAAGCAAAAAAAUCUUGACAAUUUUUCUUAAACACUAAAUUCAAGAAAAAAAUCAAGAAA